AAUGCUUAUUUGCAGUAUAUUAUUAGUUAUUAUAAUUAUAUUAUAUGUAUUAUAAGAGAUUUGAAAAAAUGCACCUAUUUAUUAGAUUAUAAAAUUCAUGAAUAAAUUAUAAUUAUACAUAUAGUAUCUAUAUACCAUGAUCACUAGUAGUAAACACAUAACGUUCAAAAUAAACCACAAACAAAUCAUAAAAGUAGAAUAAAAAACAAACAGACACCCAGAGAUGUUUUCAGUGCGUAUUGUAACAACUGACCACCACAUGGUCGAUCCUGUGCCAGGCUUGGACUUGACCUAUUCAGAAUUUAGGAAACAGCCUGUCUACAAAGUCCCGGUCAUUAAUAUUUUUGGGGCUACGCCCUCUGGUCAGAAAACAUGUUUAUCGAUACAUGGGGUAUUUCCUUACUUGUAUGUACCAGUUGACAAAGGUUUCGUACCGUCUGACACUCAGCUGUUGUUGCUGGCAGGCAGUAUCGAUCGGGCUCUGAAUAUGGCUCUCGGUAGAUCGGCCUCGACUGCACAGCAUGUCUUCAAGAUCAUUCCUGUAUCUGGCAUACCUUUCUACGGCUAUCAUGCCAGGGAGCAGACGUUCCUGAAAAUUUUUCUCUACAAUCCAAAGAUGAUUAAAAAGGUAGCUGAUUUAUUAUUGGCCGGUGCAGUUAUGAAUAGAACAUUUCAGCCACACGAGACGCACGUUCCUUAUAACCUCCAGAUGUUUAUAGAUUACAAUUUGUUUGGGAUGAAUUUUAUAAAUCUUUCGGCGGUAAAGUUCAGACGACCUUUGCCUACGUCAGCAGCUUGUAAAAUAUUGAGUGUAUCUGAGGAUUGUGAUUCUGUCGUCAUGUGGACGGUUGAGAGCGUCAGAAGAAAGCCGAAGCUGAUUGAGGCGGAAGAGAUUUUGAAAUCAGAUUUCGAACUGCUCAUCAAGGAAUCCACUGAAGAUGAGGAAGUUGAAGAUGCAAUGAAAUCAGAUGACGGUGAAACAUCGACACCAUCUACGAAUGAAUCCAUGAAUGGUUCUUUGUGGGGUUCCUCUUUCAAUCCGGACGAUUUCAUUGACUUGAAUGAGACCAUAGUGAGUGAAGACGUCGUGUGCAGCGUCGUAAGCAACAGCGAGAAUUUCAUCAAAGACACUAAUGAUGUCGACCAAUCAUUUAUUGAUUUGCUCUUGUCACUGGCCAAUAGCAAUUCCCAAUCCACGAACGCUCAACCAUCUCAGCCAAUGAGAAAGCUCGCUGAAAUGGAAGACUGCGAUUCGCCGUUAUCACAGUGCACGCCUAAGCGUAGAGGCCUGUUAAAGAUACAAAUGAUACCUUUAAAGAUACAUAUGAUAUCUUUAAAGAUACAAAUGAUACCUUUAAAGAUACAAACGAUACCUUUAAAAGUACAGACAAAAUAUUUGCCUGAGUUCAAAGGGUCAAUGAAUAAUUGCUUUCAUGAUGUGAUGAUGAAAAAUUAUGCCUCUCUACAACAAAACAACAACAAAAACAUCAACAACAGUUACGUCAACAACAACAACAACAACGGUGUGCUAUUUAAUAGUGUCGCUUCAUGUUUAGACGACAAUAUUGAGAUUAUUUUGGUGCCUCAUAGAAAACCGCCGAAGUACAGUGAUGUCAGCAGCGUCAGAAGUCGCUACAGCGGCAGCAGCAGCAACAACAAAAAUGAUAAAAAUAGCAGUAGAAUGAAAAACGACGAUAUUAUUGCCAACAGAAAUACUAAAGACAUCAAGUCAAACAAAAGCAAUAACAUCCACCUUACUAGCAACAUCGACCUUGGCGUCAUCAACAAAAACAUCAACUACAACUACAUUAACAACAACAUUAACAAGUACAACGACUCAAGCCCAAACGACUCCAGUUUUGGAAGUACAACGGGAAAAUUUAAUUCAACAAAUUGUUCCUUGCUCUCUGAAACUUUCUCAACACCAAAAAGCAUUUUGAAGAAAAGACCUCUUGUGGAAAGUACGCCAUGUUUGUUGCGCAGCAACAAUAACUACAACAUAAACGUCAUCAGCAACAGUAGCCGCGUUAGUAGCGUCUUCAACGACGACGACACUUUCUUAGAUAACACAAACCACGCACCAAGCAUUGACUCCAUUUUGGAAGAACUGGAUAUCGAUCUUUCACUGGUUAUCCCACAAACACCUGAUUCAUCGCCGACAAACUUAUCAACAGAAAUGCAUUCUACAACAUUAACGCCAACAUCAACGCCAACAACAACAUUAGAACAACAAGUGACAUCAACAUCAUUUACACCGACACAAACAUUAACAAUGCCGAUGACAACAACAAAAACAACAACGGCAACAUCAGUACUGCAGACGUCAACAUCGGCAACAACAACUUCAACAACAACUCCAACAACAACUCCAACAACAACAAAUCCAACGACUGCGAAACGUAGAAAAGUCACCUUCAUUGAAACUCCAAAAAAGGAUCGCCUUUCAUCCAGUACACCUUACACGAAACUAACAGGUCGUAUGAAGCUAGGUAAAAAUUUCAACUUGACACCCAUUAAGAAAUGGAACGACGUGACAUCUGCUCAUAAUAAUAAUAAUAAUAAUAAUAAUAAUAAUAAUAAUAAUAAUAAUAAUAAUAAUAAUAAUAAUAAUAUAAACAUUAACAUUUUUGCUAAUUUUAAAAGCGGUAACACUAAUCGACCUAGUAACAACAAUAAUGGCAUCAACAAUUUCUCCACUUACAACUGCAACAACAACAGCAACAACAACGAAAAUAGCGACAGUAAAUUUAGUCUUAGCAACAAAAACAGCACAAUCGACGAUACCGUUCUCAACAACUCUAAUGAUUGUACUAUCACUAGCAAGAGUGACUACAACAAGACUAUCAACAACGAUUCUGUAAAUGUUAACAGUAUUUUUUCAACAACUACAACAACGGCAGCAGCAGCAGCAGCAACGACAAUAGCGACAAAAUCGACAACAGCGAAACGUCAAAGUAUCGAAUCUCAGAUCGAGACAGCCACACCUACCAACACGUUCAACUUCAAAGUGGAUUCGCAGAACUUUCAAAAAGUUAAGGAGGCUACGGAACAGCUACUAAAAGCAGAUUUAAACGAGUUAAGUAAUUUAAUGUACCACCAUCAUGCGACAGUCACAUUUCUACAAACAGAGAUCGACCUAAUUACGACGGUCGUUGACCUUGUUAAAAAACACGACGCAGAUAUCUUGGUUGGCUUCGAGGUGAAGACACUUUCAUGGGGUUACCUGAUAGCAUUAAACAUUUACACAUUCGAGAACUUGGCCUUCCAUGUGCUACACAGGCGCUACCCUCACUUCUCACAUCACACUCUCACCAACUGGUUUCAGGGAAAAGCCCGUUUCAAUAGGUGGAAAACCCUGGACUACUAUACAGUACGCAGUUUGGGCAACUUGCAAAUCAUGGAAAAGUUGAACAUCAUCGAUCAGACGAGUGAAUUCGCCAGGAUAUAUGGCAUUGAAUUUUUCAACGUUCUAAACAGAGGCUCGCAAUACAGAGUUGAGUCGAUGAUGUUGAGACUGGCGAAGCCGAAGAACUUCAUUGCAGUCUCACCUGGAAUCCACCAGAGAGCCGGUAUGAAGUCGAUGGAAUGCAUACCGCUCAACCUCGAACCGAGAUCCGAUUUCUAUACCGACCCGGUUGUCGUUCUCGAUUUUCAGUCGCUCUAUCCAUCGAUCAUGAUUGCGCAUAACUACUGCUUUUCCACUUGCCUCGGUCGGAUAAAAUCGAUCGCGAAUUGUCGGGAUGGGCCGUUUGAAUUCGGAUGCACAUCUCUUUACAUACCGAAACAUGUCUUGAAGAGCCUCAAGUACGAUGACAUAAACGUUUGUAGCAAUGGCGUCGCCUUUGUAAAGCCGCACAUCAGAAAAGGAAUCAUUUCUCAAAUGGUAGAAGAGAUACUGAACACGAGGGUCAUGGUCAAAAAAGCCAUGAAAGUCCACAAAAAUGACAAAGGUCUACAAAGAACCUUACAUGCCAGGCAGUUAGGGCUGAAGUUGAUAGCUAAUGUCACUUUUGGAUAUACUGCGGCCAGUUUCUCCGGGCGGAUGGCCUGUGUUGAGCUCGGAGACAGCAUUGUGAGGAAGGCCAGGGACACUUUGGAACAAGCGAUACGAUUGGUCGAACAAACUGAAAAGUGGGCGGCGCAAGUUAUUUAUGGCGAUACCGAUAGCAUGUUCGUACUGCUGAGGGGCAGGACGAGGCAGCAAGCGUUCGUCGUCGGUCAGGAAAUCGCCGACGCCGUCACUAACAGCAAUCCCAAGCCUGUCACUUUGAAACUUGAAAAGGUGUACAUGCCGUGUGUGCUGCAGACGAAGAAGAGGUACGUCGGCUUCAUGUACGAGACACCAGACCAGCAGGAGCCGACAUUCCACGCCAAGGGUAUCGAAACUGUCAGGAGAGAUAAUUGCCCCGCUGUUUCCAAGAUUUUGGAGAGAUCGCUGAAAACAUUGUUCACAUCGUGCGACAUAUCAUUGGUGAAGAAGUAUGUUCAGAGGCAGUGCAUCAAGAUUCUGGAGGAGAGAACGCCGUUGAAGGACUUCAUAUUCGCCAAGGAGUACCGGGGCAUGGCUGGCUACCAGCCAACUGCUUGCAUACCCGCUCUUGAAAUUGCCAGACGGCGGCUGGCGAGAGAUCGUCGGUCAGAACCUUUGGUGGGUCAAAGAGUACCCUACGUCAUCAUCUUCGGUUCUCCGGGUCUGCCACUUAUCAAAUUAGUCAGGGAACCAGGUGAACUAUUGAGCAACUCCAACCUUCGUAUCAACUACACUUAUUAUCUCAUGAAACAGAUUCUCCCACCCAUCAACCGAUUCGCCAUGUUGUUUGGCCUGGAUGCUUUUCACUGGUACGAUGGAUUGCCACGCGUUCUUAAAGUCAACUCUCGAAUUUUCAAUCCCGCCCUUGCUAUUACAUCAAGAAACAACCAAGUGAACGAUCAUUUCAAACACAGCCCGGUUAAAAGUAGCAAACUAGUUAAUGAAAAUCUUACAAAGUAUUUUACGUCUGUCGACUGUCCGAUCUGUGGUCAGCUAACAAAUGCCGGCAUGUGCGAACUCUGCAAAACUGACGAUCGGAGGCGCGUUCUAAUAUCGUCCUGUCGCAUCAGGAAGGUACAAGCUAGACAGAACUGCGUUAAUCAAAUUUGUAACACAUGCAAGGGAUGGAUAGACGCCAAGAAUUCCUGUGAUUCACUUGAUUGUCCUAUCCUAUACAAGGACCACAGACUGAACUCUGAAGCUUUUUGCCUGGAUGCCUUGUUCAAAGUUUUAGAUUUAGAGUUUUAAACAGCUGGUUGAAUAAUAUGUUACUGACAUAUCACAUACGACUAUAUCUGAACAUUAUUUUUAUAUUUAACU